AUGAAAGAUCAGAAAGCGCCCGAGGGAAGACUUUGUGAAUAUUGUAACCAUAAAGAGGCCACUUUCAUGUGCCAAGGAUGUCCAAAAACCAACCAACUGUGCGCUUCAUGUCGCGAGGUUCACGACAAAAUACCGGCAUGUGAGGAUCAUUCGAUUGUGCCUCUGUUACAAGUAGAACCGUCAGCUAACCCAGUUAGUAUACGAGAACAGUUACGCCAAGUAUUAGAUAAAGCUCAAUACUGCGACAAACACGACAGCGAGGUGCUGACAUUCUAUUGUGCAGAGGAUGACACCGUGGCAUAUUCUCAAAAAUUAGCUAUGACUAAGGAGAUAAAUAAAAACAGUAAAACAUUUAAAAGAGAAAUCAAAGAUUAUUAUCAACAAGUAGAGAAGGACGUACGUCAACAGACCGACGCAUAUUUGACCACUGUCAAACAACAUUUGGCAACAUAUGAAACAAAGGUUCAGUCCGAUUACACCGAAAUGAAAAGAUUUAUAAAUGACAGAAGCAGGGAAAUAACGACAGAAGUUAAGGCACUCACCUCCACGCAGGUGAAGGCUUUAGAAGCUGGAAAGGACAAGCUAGAAAUGAACAAAAUUUCCAUUCAAAGCAUUCGUGAUUUCGCUCAACAGCUCACAGACACCGGUUCUGACAUAGAGGUCAUGACCCACUCUAAGAAACUCUUAAUUAGAAUCCGGGAGUUAGCGACAGUAGAACGAGUCUUUGAUACCAUGAUUACCGAUAUAACAUUUACACCAGGACAAACAGAAAUGGACGUUGUGCUACAGAUACCUAAAAUCCCUGAACCACAGCCGCUGUCCAUCAAAACGGGGUCCAUUACGGCCAAAACAUGCCGAGGUCCCUUGGAUGCAUAUUUUGGAAGUUUAAAACAAAAGAGAGCGAACUAUCCUGCGCUGAAGGAAUUUAUUAAGGUAACCUGGCUUGAUAAGUCGGAGCGGAAUAUUUGUUUGAACGUGAAGGGUCUGCCGUGGGAUAUCCAGUGCACAGAUGACGGUUGUAUUUUAGUUUUACAUGGUGUUCGCUGGUGCUAUGGUGGUGAUACAGUGUCCGUAUUCUCCAGCACAGGUCAAUGUAAUCGUGAUAUCAGUAUAGAGGGAGGGAUAAGUAAGACAAAUGUCAGCAUAAAGGCGCAUGAGGAUUGA